AUGGGAUGUGUGGUUGUGAUGAUUUCUCUUUGUUCCUCAGGGAGAGGAGACUUCUAGGAUGUCCCUCUGAAUAAAGACGCCAAAAGUUUGAAGUGACUAGAUGGGAGCCAAGGCGGACAACUGGGGAUUGGGAGGUUAAGUGACCUCGUGGAUUGGGAUGCCUGCUCAAACAUUGGAAUUGGAGAUAAUGGAUGAAGAUCAAUUAAUGGAAGAAGUCUUGGAUAAGUUUGUUAAUUGCCAUGAACAAACAUAUGAAGAAUUUCGGAGCACUUUUACUCAUCUUUCAAAAGAAGAUAAUGUGAUUAAAAGAAGAGCAUUUGGAACUGAUUCUUCAGGAAAAAUAUUUACCUCAGUAAAAUUUACUCAUAAUAAUGAACCAAAUGACCACCAUCUUAGAAACACAACUAUAUUUCAUCAUACUUCAUCACAGUGUUUGGAAGAAGAACAGAUAGUGAUGGAUGAAGGCCAAAUUGGCAGUUCCCUUCAAGGUAAUCUGAACAGGGCAGGAAAGAUCAAGGUAGACAACUUCCUAGAUUUAGAAGAUUUGGACAUGGAUGAAGAGAUUAAGCCCCAAAUGAAUAAGGAUUUCCUGCUGCUUCCUGGAGAAGUGGAAGAAGAUGUGAGCAACAGUGUUUGUUCUUACAGUCCUUCUGUGGACCAGCCUCUCACUGCUGAGGCGAAGCCAAAGCCCACUGUGAAGGGAAUCCAGAAGCAAGCAGAGGAGAUACUUGGUGACGAAGUCCAGCCCUUUUCACUUGAUGAAGAAUUUGAUUAUGACAACGUGGCUCUAACCCCCAAGUUCACUGCUGAGGAGAUGGAGACCAUCAGAGAGCUAUUGAAGCAAGAGAGAAAGAACAACAACCAGACCUAUGACUGAUUAUCAAAGCAUCUCUCUGUUUAUUUUGUUUUGUUUUUAUUCAUUCAAGCAGCAUCAGAAUAAACAAUACACCAGCCAUAA